AUGGAUCCUCAUGCCGCCGCCGCCGCCAAUGAGGCUGCCUAUGCCGCCGCCGCCGCCGCUGCUGAUGAUUCCGAUUCCGAUACCGGGAGCAGCAUUAUCGAAGGAGAGUACCUUGUCCGGCAGGAUGGCCGAAGCAUGGAGUCCAUCCGUGGCAGAUUCAUGGCGGGACUGGGGUUUCUCGCAGAGAAUAUCCAGGUGGUUUCAAUAAAGAGAAACACUUUUCCGACGGUGAUGACGCAGGCGCGUAUUGACGCGUUCGAGAUCUACGCGCGUGCGACGGCGCGUGCGCGUGAUGGCGAUGCGAACGUGGAGCAUGCAUGGUUCGGUGCUCUCGACAUGGAUGAGAUCAUGGACAUCGUUCGACACGGUUUCAGCAAAGAUCAACUCCAUGGACAUGGCCUGCGUCUCUCUCCAGAGGAUUCGCCAAUACUAUGUAUGGGAAGGACUUGUACUGACAAUGAUGGCUUGAAGCACUUGCUGUUGUGUCGUGUUAUCUUGGGGAGGAUGGCGGUGGUGGCUCCCGGUUCUGAAUGCGAACCGAUUUCUGAGGAGUACGAUACUGCAGUGCAUGAUGUUUCAUCUUUUAAGGAAAUCUUCAUUUUGAGUAACAACAUGAACACACAUGUCUUGCCUGAAUAUGUUUUGAGUUUCAGGGUUCUCCCCCGCACCACAGGGCCUUGGAAUAUGGCUGAGAGACCAAUUGCCCCGUCGGUACCGAUCGGGACGUUUAUCAUGGCGUUAUCUAGGAUUUUGCCUUUGAAUGACAUGGCCCUCAUUUCAAAGUCACACCAUGAAUUCAAUGAAAACAUUAUAUCAGGAGAGGUUUUGAUGCAAAGGCUAAGAGAGAUUGCUGGGGAAAGUCUGUUGAUGGAGGUCAUGAGCUGUUUUCAUUAA